GCCUUUGGAUUAUGUUAGCUGGGUUGACGGCGGCGGUUUAGCUCAUUUGGCGCACUGUCGGGGUUAGUAGUUCAUUUUCUCCCGAAUUCCGGCCUUUAUCCGCAAUUCUUAUAAUAAAAUAUACUCUUCUUAUUAAAGUGUUUUAAAUUCAAUUUACAACCAGGAGCAUUAAGGGGAGAGUUGGUAAGGUGCUUAGAAAUUUGAUAAGACGGCGGGGGAGGGGUGAGUGACUGAGUGGCAAUUAAGAGAGUCCCUUGUUAAUUCCGUCAGCUAUCACUGUUCAGCAUCUUCCAUCUUACAUCGUCAGCUCUCGUUUGAUCAACCAAUCUCGUCACUUCAUCAGGAUGAACAAGCUACCACUCGAACUAUACGAUCGCAUCGUUCAAUUCGUAGGUAGACGUAUAGGUGAAGAAUCCCUACCACCUUGGGAGCACGGCACUCUUCCCUUCGCGCUGCCAGCCAUCGCGGCUGUGUCACGAAACUUUCAAGAGGCCGUCGAGCGACUCACCUUCCGCAAUCUGAGAGUUUCCACCAGCCCCGAGGAUCUAGAUGUUUUCCGUCGCGCCUUGACGCCACGGCGUCAGCGUAACCUACGGCGUCUCGCCGUCCACCUCUCGAUUGACCAUCCGAUGUCGCGCAUAACUAGACCUUACCUAACCAGGAGAUUCGCAACGAACCAGGACCGGAGGGUUGUCAAUGAAGCAACAACGACUCAGUUGAGAGAAUUGUUCAAUAUCCUCGCAGCGUGGCGUUUGCCGGGACCAUCUUUGACUCUGGAGGUAACUGGCCCGCCGCUGUCUUACGAAACAAAAGAUAAUAUAUACACAACUUACCUCAGAUUCUCCAUGCUUGACGUCUCAGGCGACCUAGUAGAUUUUCCGCCCUUGCCCAUGGUCAAACAGUUAUAUGUGUACUCUAUGUCGUGCCACCUGCACCCUCACUUGGCCGUAUCUCUGACAGCUAAAAUGCCAAACGUAUCUCACGUGGACUGGGAUCUAUCGACCUGCCACACUAUCAGUUUGGGUCUCUAUCACUACUUGUCCCGGAUCUGGCGAGACGGCCUUGUUCAGAGCAUCGAAUCGACAACCUUACCGUCGUCCGUCGAGAAGUUCAGCUUCAAGAUGUUUGUGCCGGGAACUAGUAGAUUCCAGAUCUUGCCAAACUUCAUCGGGUUGAUUUCUUCUCCGGACUCUGUCAGUCUUGCCCUCCGCAAGCUAACGAAGGAUUGCGCCGAGGUUUACAUCGAUGGCUCGAUCCACGCCUCGCUCUUCGACCCGCCCGCCGUUCCGGGUACCGCUCCGCAUGAAGCGGCGCCGGCCUGGGAAAAAGCCACGCGGCUGGAAGUGAGGGCAAGCAUGUGCGGUCCGGACGGGAAGUGGCUUUUCAAGAUCGAUCCAAACAACGGGACUCCCGGGAACCCUCCCGAAGACCUCGAUUUCGACCGUCUGCCUCCGGGCUACGGGACCACCGAGUCGGAGCUGGACGAGGCCGAGGAGUACUGCCUUGAGCACCUGGAGGACAUUGCGCCCGAGACGAUGGACGGGGGCGACCCGGACGACGGCGAGUUCUUCCGCACCGAAGCCGACGACGGGCCGAUGAACGCGCUGCUGGCUGCCUUCGCGCGCGGGUGCGGGCGCGGGAACGCGCCCGCCCUGCGCUCCGCCACCCUCCAGUCCGAGUUCUUCAACAUCGACAACUGGCCCUUCCAGGUCACCUGCUACGCCGCGGGCGCGGCGGCCCCGCUGAGGUGGGAUGCCGAGUUCGCGGGCGGGGACCGCGACGCCUGGCGCGUCUUCUUCCACGUCGGCGACUGGCGGCCCGCCGAGGAAACGCUGGAGGAGUUCCGCCGGAUAGGGCGCGAGCGCGGCGGCCGCGAUACCGUCGUGUGCUUCUUGCCCUGGGGGAACUUUCUUGAUUGAUCAGGUUAGUCAAAAUCAAGUGGUUACAUACUGGUUCGGUACCCUACCGACGGCAGCAGUGGGAACUGAUGAGCCGCAUCCCCCGCCACCCCUAUGGGCUGGGUAGAUGGAUAGGUAUGGAUGGAAGGUGGACCGAAGUCGUCUUCGUACUUCCCGGCCGCAACCUCUCCGACAGAUGACGAUAGACGGGGAACUCGGAUAUAAAAUUAGAGGUGAAUGCUGGAUUGGGCAUUAUCGGGCUCCUGGGAUUGGAGGCUGUUCGGCUGCUGAGGUCCUUAUAAAAGGGGCCUAUUCAGAAGGCCAGGAGGGCAGGCGGGUAGAGUAUCGGACACCGAGGUUCAAAGGAAGAGAAAGAGGUACCGGCUCGCAAAUGAUUCAAUGUUGUUACGCAAGAAAAGUUCUUCUCACGUGUGCCAAAGUAGGUAGAUAUAGAUCAGCAGGUAAAUCGAAAAGUGACAGAACCUACAGCAUCGCGAGAGUUGGAUCACGAAACAUCAUAUGGUUAUUACAACUAACAACAAAU